GCUACAUUUUCGUGUGUAUCACAGACACUAAUUUUAUAUUUUCCGUUUUUGACUUUUUGUCUCUAAUCAGCCUAAGCUUCUUUUCCUCAUCACACACGUACUCUCUCUCUCUCUUUAAUCCACGAUCUAGAAAAACAGCCUCGCCUCCCGUCGUCUCCCACCGACCAGCGCUAGAGUUUCCGGCCAUCGAUUUCCGUCGGCUGCUGCUUGGUGAGGCAUGCCCAGGUACUUUAUAAUGUGGCAGGGUACAAGGACGCAACUGAAUAUCAAUCUUUUGAUUGUUUUGAUGCUUAACUUACCUAUUUAGGAUGGAUACAGGGGUCUUACGUUGGAGCACGGAGGUAUUUUUGAGUUAUGAGGGAGUAUUUUGAGAGAUCAAGAACUUCAUGCAGAAGAGUUCCAUUAAUGGAUAAGGUAACCAACAGUGGUGAGACCAUGACUCUAUCAUCUGUACCCAAAACACUAUGUCAUUAGCAUCCUUCCCAUAGUAUUCUCCCUUAAGAGAUGGCUACAAGAUCUCUUCGGGUCAAUUCUAGGCGAUUACGGCCUAAAUAUCUUCUUUUUAUGCUUCUUAUGCUUGUCCCAAUCAGUGUUAUUACCAUUUUCAAUUAUGGGCAAAAAAUUUCUUAUUUCUUCCGCCCACUUUGGGACAAUCCUCCCCGCCCUUUUGUGCGCCUACCACACUAUUAUGCAGAAAAUGUGUCUAUGGAACAUCUUUGUCGCCUCCACGGCUGGUCUUUGCGAUCUGAACCUCGUCGUGUUUUUGAUGCCAUCAUCUUCAGCAAUGAGUUAGAUUUGCUUGAAAUUCGAUGGCAGGAGCUUUAUCCAUAUGUUUGGAAGUUUGUAAUCCUGGAGUCACAUACCACUUUUACAGGCAUACAGAAGCCAUUACUAUUUAAUGCAAAUAGAGCUAGAUUUGCGUUUGCAGAGAAUAAGACUGUUCAUGAUGUGUUUUCUGGAAAAAUUGCACCUCAUGGGUUGCAUAGAAACCCAUUUGACCUCGAAUCCCAGCAACGUGUAGCUAUGAAUGGAUUACUUCAGCGUGCAGGGAUUUCAAAUGGUGAUCUUUUGAUCAUGUCCGAUACUGAUGAGAUACCGAGCCCACAUACAGUGAAACUACUGCAAUGGUGUGAUGACGUGCCUCCUAUUGUCCAUCUUGAAAUGAGGAACUACAUGUACUCUUUUGAGUUCCCCGUGGACUACAGCAGUUGGCGAGCCACAAUUCACAUUUAUGGUCCACAUACUCACUAUAGACAUUCACGCCAAAGUGAACUUAUAUUCUCCGAUGCAGGAUGGCAUUGUAGCUUUUGCUUUAGGAAUAUUCAAGAUUUUGCAUUCAAGAUGACAGCUUAUAGUCAUGCAGACCGUGUAAGGCGGCGAGACUUCUUAAACUACUCCAGGAUACAAAAGCUCAUUUGUCAGGGAGAUGAUCUCUUCGAUAUGCUUCCUGAAGAGUACACCUUCCAGGAGUUGAUUAAGAAGAUGGGAUCAAUACCGCGCUCUUCGUCGGCUGUUCAUCUUCCUGCAUACUUAAUAGAGAAUGCAGACAAGUUUAGAUUCCUACUUCCUGGAGGCUGUAUAAGAACCUCUGAAGACAACAUCCCAGGGUUGAAUAGGCAACCGUAGGGUCCUCGAUCAGUAAUGUGGUCAUUUCUAAUCUUGUCCAGCUCAUUUUCGGGUAAAGUUUAGUUCUGCCAGAGAAUGUGAAUAGCACUGCAGGCUCUCUACUUUUAGUUUACUCGCAUCAGUACUAGAUAGGAGUAGACUGAUGAUUGAUAGUUGGUGGAUAUAGACAUUUGUUUUUGCUAAUAGGAAAGUGAAAAUUGUUAGCAAGAGCGAGUGAUGUUAUGGCGGAUGAUCAAUUGUUUAGUGUAUUGAAUUUUGCAUUAGAAUGCCAGACAGCGAUAGAUUGUUGUGCUGUAAUGGCCUGUACCUCUUGAUUGUUUAUUAAAAAUUGAUAUUCAUUUCAUUGUAAUGGUAUUGAAUCCACUUUCACAGGAAAUGUUAUGAGAUCUUCCUAGUGUAAGUUGAUGAAGAGAUUUGUGUUCAA